AUGGCUUCCGACGGGUACACCGACAAGAACGCCGUGUUCAGAAAACUCAAAACCAAGUCCGAAAACAAGUCGUGCUUUGAUUGUAAUGCGAAGAACCCUACCUGGGCGUCGGUACCUUAUGGGAUCUUCCUCUGCAUUGAUUGCUCGGCAGUUCAUCGGAGUCUCGGCGUUCACAUCAGCUUCGUGAGAUCUACGAACUUAGACUCAUGGACUCCUGAGCAACUUAAAAUGAUGAGCUUUGGCGGAAACGGUCGGGCAAAUGUUUUCUUUAGACAGCAUGGUUGGAACGGCGGUGGUAAGGUAGAGGCAAAGUAUACAUCCAGAGCUGCAGAGUUGUACAAGCAAUUGCUUUCAAAAGAAGUUGCUAAAAGUAUGGCUGAGGAGGCUGCCUUGUCUCCAUCCCCUGCAGCUUCUUCUCAGUCUGCCCAAGAGGAUAAUGGACUUCCUGAUGUCAGGACAAAUGAAGUCCCAAUUGAAAAGACUUUGGAGAAGCCAGAAAAGACUGAGAGCACUUCUUCACCUAGAGCUUCAUAUACUGCAGCUUCAAAUAAUUUGAAGAAGCCUAUUGGAGCCAAAAAAAUUACUAAGAGUGGGGGACUCGGAGCCCGUAAGCUCACUAGAAAGCCAAGUGAUUCUCUCUAUGAGCAGAAGCCUGAAGAAGCACCUGCGCCGGUGUCAUCAUCGACAAACAACAACUUACCUUCUGGGCCACCUCCAACAUCUCGGUUUGAGUAUACAGAAGAUGUCCAAACAUCUGAGUUAAAUUCUGGAGGUCACGUGUCUGCACCAAAGUCAUCUAACUUCUUUUCAGACUUUGGAAUGGGUAGUGGCUUUCCAAAGAAAUCUGGGCCAAGCUCCUCAAAAGUGCAAGUUCAGGAAACUGAUGAAGCAAGAAAGAAGUUCUCAAAUGCUAAGUCUAUUUCUUCAUCCCAAUAUUUCGGAGACCAGAGCAAGGCUGAUGUGGAUGCUCAAGCUACUUUAUCAAAGUUUUCAGGUUCAUCUGCUAUAUCCAGUGCUGAUCUUUUUGGUGACUCGAGAGACAACUCUGUCGAUCUUGCUGCUAGUGACCUUAUCAAUCGAAUAUCUUUCCAGGCACAACAGGAUAUUUCUUCCCUUAAAAACAUUGCCGGAGAAACUGGGAAAAAGCUCACUUCCUUGGCAUCCUCCUUGAUGACAGAUCUUCAAGACCGAAUCCUCUAA